CUGCCAACUUGCUGGUUGACUUAUUUGCCCAGCAACCAAAUUUCCAUCUGCAUCUCUUUCUUCUUUUCACUGAGAAUCUGAGAAUUUGGUUUUCAUUUCUCCAAGGGUUUGGCUUACUAAAAUGAAUCAGUCAGCUGUUAUAGCUGAAAUUGCAGACAUCCUUGAAGAAACAUGUUAUGCACAUAAUUUACCUAUAGCUCUAACAUGGGUUUCUUCCAAUCCCCUUAAAAACAACAAAAGAACCUUAAACGUUGUGAAUAGCGCUUGUUAUGUGAAUGAUUUAGGGAUGCAAGGGUUUCUAAAGGCGUGUAUAGGGCAUCAUCUCGAAGAAGGUCAAGGUGUUGCUGGAAAAGCACUUAAAUCGACGCACCAUUGCUCUGUCUCCGAUGUUUGUUUGCUUGACGUAGCUGAUUAUCCGUUUGUGGAUGAUGCUAAGAGUUCUGGGCUUCGUGCUGCUUUAGCUAUAAAGUUAAUGAUAAAGCAGGGGUUUUAUAGAAGUAAUGUUGAUUAUGUGGUGGAGUUUUUUCUUCCUGCGAAUCUGGAAGCUUUGGAAGAGAAGACAUUGAUGGAUGGGAUUUCAGCUACUUUGAGGAAAUGUUGUGAGAAUUCCAAGACUGUUAGAGCACCUGGGUAUAGUGUCCAGCCAGUGCAUUUGUCUGGCAGUUUGAAUUUGAAUCAAAGGAGUCUGGAGAGGAACCAUGAGGAUUCAAGUGAAGCUUCGUUUUCCGAUUGGAAUAACUUUCAGCCUGUUGCUGUUUCUGGGAGCUCUUUGCGGCAUUGUGAGCAGGAAGUUGGAGAACAAAAUGCUGCAGUUGAACCUGUGCAAGAUGUUGACAGUCAGUUGGCAGUGGUGAAUGGUUCCCAACCAACCAAUGGCAAUGCUAAACGAAGAAGGAUAUCUGAAGUUUGGACAGCCUUCGAUAAAGUUCUAGAAAAUGGUUCAGUAUGGGCUAUAUGUAGAGUUUGUAAAAAGAGGUAUCCUGGAGAAAGUAAAAAGGGGACUUCAAAUCUGCAUAAACAUAUGAAAAAAUGUUUCAGAGAUAGGGUGAGAGACACAGGACAGCAGCCUUCACCAUUUGUUGAUAGAAGUAAUUUAAUGUCUAGUAUGAUUGGCAGCAAUUGCAUGUUUAACCAAGAAAGGAGUCGUAUGGACAUUGCAAGAAUGGUUAUUAAGCACGGAUAUCCUUUGAAUAUAGUUGAACAUGAGUUUUUUGAGAUUUUUGUCAGCAAUUUGCAGCCAAUGUUUGAAUUCUAUUCACAAGACACUGUUGAGGUUGAUGUUCUUGGUGUUUACAAAGAAGAGAAAGAAAAACUUAGCAAAUCUUUGGAUAAUCUAUCUCGCCUCUUUAGUUUGACUAUUGAUUUGCAGUCAUAUGAAGACAGAAAGGUGACAUACUGUUGCUUGACCCUUCAUUUUAUUGAUGAUGGAUGGGAGCUGAAGAAGAAGAUUCUUGCUUUCAAGAAUCUAGCUUACAAUUGUUACGCAGGGAAUCUGUAUGAAGUUAUUAGAAUUGUGCUUCGAGAGUGGAACAUUGAUAAGAAUGUGCAAUUCAUCUCCACAAAACUUAUUCCUCCAAAUGAACAGAUGGUUGGAGAACUAAAAAGUAAGCUUUCUGAUGAAGUCUUGCCUCACAGUGGAGAUUUGUUCUAUACAUCUUGCCAUGCACAAGUUCUUAGCCUUCUUGUUCAAGACGGAUUUGGUGAGAUAAGGAGAGUUCUUUAUAAGAUAAGGCAAUCUAUUGAAUACUUCAAUGCAACACCCAUUCAGAGACAGAACUUCUGUGAAGUAAUUAAUCGAUUGAAAGUACAAGAUAGCACUAUGAUUUCUCAAGAUGUUCCUACAAGAUGGGAAACCACUUUUCUCAUGCUUGAACGUGCACUGGAAUUACGGGAUGUCUUUACUCACCUGGAGCAGGUUGAUGAUGACUAUACAGUGAAACUGUCCACAGAGGAAUGGGAAAUGGCAACUGUCAUGUGUGAGUGCUUGAAAGUGUUCCACAAGUCCAUAUCCAAUUUUUCAACAAGCUUAGAUGUAUAUUUUGAGAAUAUUUGUCAAAUUUAUAAGAAUUUGCACAAAUGGGAAAAGAGUGAACAUAUGUAUAUCAAGUCGAUGGCAAAUAGAGUGAAGGUGAAAUUUGAUGAGUACUGGAGUGAAAAUAGUUUGACUUUUGGAAUAUUAGCAGUUCUUGACCCUCGCUAUAAAUAUGAUUUGGUGGAGUAUGGGUACGAGCAAAUCUACAACAGUGACGCUGAGUUACACUUGUGGAGAUUUCGUCAUGAUCUUAAACGUGUGUACAGUAAAUAUGCAAGUGGCUCCAACUCUCUGGAGUCAUCUGCUCCGACCACUGCUGAUAUGAGUUGUUCUUCAUAUAAUCCUAACUCUGGUGAUAAGUUAUGUGGAUUUAAACAGUGGCAAAAACGUAAAUAUGAUUCCAAUAUGGGAGACUCCCAAAAGUCUGAACUCGACCAAUAUUUACAAGAACCCUCGGUUAGUUUGGGUAUGGAUGCUGACAUAUUAGUUUGGUGGCGUGCCAAUGCUCUAAAAUUUCCAACACUAGUGAAAAUGGCUCGUGAUUUCUUAGCAAUUCCAUUAUCAGCUAUUUUAUCGAAGUCAAACUUUAUUGAUGAAAUCAUGAAAAUGAAUCCAGCCAUCAGUGGCCUGAACCCUGAGAUUGUGGAGGCUUUAGUAUGUGGACAGGACUGGCUGGAAAGCCCUAAGAGGAGACUCACCCGGAGUGAGGAUGGUGUGCUGGAGAUGGAAUGGAAUCAAACUCCUCUUCAUCAUCAUCAUCCAAAUCUCCUCCCUCAUCCACAUUCGUCGGAUCACAAUCAAGCAGCUCCAAUUAAUUCAGAGGAGCACCAAUCUUUUCUCAAGUCCAGACUUGAUCUCAGUAGCAGUGCUGUGGCCUUGUCUAGGAAUGGAUCGUAUCUGUAGUAUCAUCACUAGAAGGUGAAGUCCCUUCCCAUUUCUGAUUUCACCAACUGUUAUCGUUACUGAUGGCGAAUCUGCUGUUGCUGCCAUGGACAUCCGAGGAAGUACCUGUGGUGUCUCUUUUAAUUCAUGUAUAGUAUAUUGUAUAUAAAUACUACAUCAGUUUGGUCUUCUAUGACCAACUAGGUCAAUGAAUAAUGUUUGUUGUCAA